CAAAGGCCCGGCGGGCGCCCACAGAGUCAGCCGUGUCCCCCUGGACUGGAAGCUGUUUGUUGUUUUUACCUCAGAGAGGCCAACUCUCUGUAAUUCCUAUUUCGAUUUGAUACAGUCGGGGCUUCCGCACCUCCAGUAUAGCAGAAGCAGUCAACCCCUAACAGGAUAUUUGGUAACAUGUGCAGCAGAGAGGGGCAUGGCUGUUGUGUUGUUGUUGGCUUGUAUUGUAGUCCAGACCCACUUCCACUCCGCCCUUCGACCUCCAGACAGAGCCCUUCCUCACCCCCACGGCCAUUAGCAAAUUCAUCAAACUCCGUCGAUCCCCAGAGCAAAAACCAGCAUUAAUGCAGAUAAAUCCUCUGCAACAAGCUGACUGCUGAGAAGUUUCUUGUCUUCUUGAACGAUGUGGAACCUUCAAAACCUGCAGCUCAUGUUGUGCACAGCUCUGAGUUGUGUGAGCAGCGCUGCAGGUUUGAUCCGCGUGUUCGGAUAUGAGGGGAGCGAUGUGACGGUUUCCUGUCCGUAUGAUCCAGGAUAUGAGAGAUACCAGAAGUACCUGUGUAAGAACAGCUGUGGUUACAGUGAUUUUCUUAUCAAAUCAUCACAGGAAAAUAAAACCAAAUACUCCGCUUACGAUGACAAAAGAGCAAGAGUCGUCGCAGUGACCAUCACCGAUCUUCAUUUUGGUGAUGCUGGGGGAUAUUGGUGUGGAGUGACCAGAGCAGGAAAAGAUAUCUACACUGAAGUAAAGCUGGAAGUAAAAGCAGACAGAUGCUGCGACAAAGUGAAUAAAAUCCAAAGUAUUGAGGAAGGUUCAGUGACCAUCAGCUGUCCGUACGACUCUCAGUUUGUCGACAAGCUGAAGUUCCUCUGCAGAGGAAACCGACCCUCCACUUGUCUUCAGCAGGCAGUGAUCACCUCUAGCAACACACAAAAUGGACGAUUCAGACUCUCUGAUGACAGGAAGUCAACAAUAUUCACAGUGACCAUUUCCAGUCUGACCCUGGAGGAUUCUGGGUCGUAUCUUUGUGGAGUCCAGAGAAACUCAGGAUUUGAUGAUUUCUCUGCUGUUGAGCUGGAGGUCAAAGAGAAAGGAGAGCAAAAUGCAAGUGGAGAAAAAAAGCUGGAGGAUCUGCCACCAAGCAUCACGGCAGAAGUUUAUGAGCAUCAGAGCAGCACAGUGAAAACUAUCAUCAUUACUACCAGACCACCAGCAUCAGAGGAACAGGCUGAAGUGCAUUAUCAUCAGAGCACCACAAUGAAAACUACAACACCACUGGUUUCUGAGGAACUGACUGAAGCACCUGUGAGCAGCGCUGCAGGUUCGAUCCGGGUGUUUGGAUAUGAGGCGGAGGCAUGUUGCAACAAAGUGAAUAAAAUCCAAAGUAUUGAGGAAGGUUCAGUGACCAUCAGCUGUCCGUACGACUCUCAGUCUGUCAACAAGCUGAAGUUCCUCUGCAGAGGAAACCGACCCUCCACUUGUCUUCAGCAGGCAGUGAUCACCUCUAGCAACACACAAAAUGGACGAUUCAGACUCUCUGAUGACAGGAAGUCAACAAUAUUCACAGUGACCAUUUCCAGUCUGACCCUGGAGGAUUCUGGGUCGUAUCUUUGUGGAGUCCAGAGAAACUCAGGAUUUGAUGAUUUCUCUGCUGUUGAGCUGGAGGUCAAAGCAGAGUCGUGCUGCACAAAGACAAAGAACAUGAGUGGCAUAAUGGAGCAUAGCGUGACCUUCCAGUGCCCUUAUUCACCCCAGCAUCCCAAUGACACAAUGUUCCUCUGCAAGGGAGACAGAGCCAGCAACUGCACAGACAUGACGGGUCAAAGUAGGUUUAUUCUGAGCAAUGUUUCCUCCAGCUCUUUCUCUGUGACGGUCACAAAGCUGGAAGCAGGAGAUGCUGGAAUGUACUGGUGUGGCUCUGGCCCAGGGGCGAAUGUUGGAAACUACACCCGCUUUCAUCUUUCUGUAGCUGCUGCUGUGAGUUGUGUGACCGGUGAUGUGAUCUCUGUGUUCGGAUAUGAGGGCGGCGCUCUAAAGGUUCCCUGUCCAUAUGGUCCAGGAUACGAGGAUUAUGAAAAGUACCUGUGCAAGAGCGACUGCAAAGUUGAUGAUGACGUUCUAAUUAAAUCAAAAGGAAAUAACAACAAAUACUCAAGCGAUGAUAACAAAAGAGCAAGAACCUUCACAGUGACCGUUGCAGACCUUCGUCUUGAUGAUGCUGGAAAAUACUGGUGUGGAGUGACCAAAGGCUUUACAGAUAUAUACAAGGAAGUAAAGCUGAACAUAAGACCAGGUGAAAGAAUAAAGUUCAAAUAA